GGCAUAUACUUACGAUCAAAAUCAGCAGCAGUACCUUGUACCCCCAGGAACUCAAGCUUCAGAUUAUUCCAGCUUUUCAUAUGCAGCACCGGGCUCUGCUCAAUCUUACGCUCAGUAUCAAACAUCUUACACUUACUCAUAUCCGACGUCUACAACACCCUUAUCAACAGCCAUUUUAUUUG